UAUACCAAGGGAAGAAUGUUCACAUUGAGGCCCCUUAUUAAGUUUAGUUGAUAUUUAUAUGGGGCCAAGAUUUGGCCACAUGUUACUUUAAAACUGUCAGAGAUACCAAAUCAUAAAUAUUAGCUAUUAAGUGAAUUUCCAUAGGGAACAACUUUUACACUUUUUUCCUGAUACUCCUGGAUAGUGUGGCUCUUUGAAAGCUGGUCACCAAUAGCAUCAAUCUUAUCCUAGAGAAGGGUGACUUUUGAAUAACUAAAGAAGAGAACUGAGAUCCAGACAUUUGGGGUUCUCUUUGAGGUUGUUGACAGCCUUUAUAUGAAUCUGGGAAACAUGUGACUGGGUAGGAUGAUACAUAAAUCAUGUGAUUGAGUGAGGCUCAAACUCAGCCAAGAAACUGAGAAGAGUAGGAGCCCAGAAAUCUGAUACAGAUUCUCCGUGCCCGGCAAACAGCCACAUUACCGACCUUGACGUUGGCCCGAAGGCCCAUGGCCGCCAUGGACUGUGGAAUGAUCACCUCCAAGACGGUGCUUCUGCUGCUCAGUGUCAUCUUUCUGGCUGCAGGAGCCACCCUUGGUUUUGUGGGAGGACGUUUCAUCUCAUCCUAUGAGGACUUUGAUGCUUUCUUCAGGGAUGAACAGAUCUUGUUGCCUGCUGUCAUUAUCAUAAUAGUUGCUGGUGUGAUGCUUUUCCUUGGGGUGACUGGUUGCUUUGUCACGAUUAAAGAAUCCCAAAUUGGCCUGCGAUUUUUCCUGGCCAUUCUUUUGCUGAUGUUUAUCACAGAAGCAGCAGCUUUUAUUUUGGGAUUUGUUUAUCGAGAGAGGGUAGUGGCAGAGGUACAAGAGACUAUGGAUGAACUCUUUCAGUCAUAUGGUAAGGAAAACCCAGAGACAGAGAUGGUGGAUUUCUGGCAAUCUCAGUUUCAAUGCUGUGGUGUUAAGAACUACACUGACUGGAUUAAUAGAGAGUGGUUCAACCGCACAGGAAAUAAUAGUGUCCCCCAGAGUUGCUGCAAACAAGAAUUUAAGAAUUGCAGUGGACUUCUCAGUGAGCCUCAAGAACUGAACACAGAGGGUUGUGCUGUGGUAAUGGAAUUACGCAUAAAGGAACUUAUCAAUUACAUCAUGAUUGUCAUCCUAGGAUUUGCUGUUGUAAAGUUUUUUGGAAUGCUGAGCAUCUUAGUGAUUGCAUGCAGGAAAGAAGAGAAUGGCUACCAACCUUUGAAUUCUGGAGUGUUUGCUUGAAAAGACAUGAGAAAAUGAAACUUCACUGAAUCAUUCAAACCCAAGUGGCUUUUACAGACUGACCCCAAAGAAUAUUAAAACCCUAUGGAUAAAUAUUUUUAUUCAUAUGGACUGAAGAUGAUGAGCUCUGGAAUUUGUCAUUCCUUACCACUCUAUUCUCUCAUUCCAUUCUGACACACAAUCAGCAAUGUACAUGAAAAAAUAAGACUUGAUUAAUUGAAUUUACAUCUAAGUCCCCUAGAAUUAAUAUGAUCUGUAAAAAUACCACAUUAGUGGGGGACAGUUAUAGUUCCACAGGAACCGUGCUAUAAAUGAAUGACAGAUGUAAUACUGAGGAUUUGGGUCUUGAUGGUGAAAUUAUAUAUUGGUUGUGACAACUUUAUAUGACUAUUGAUACUUAGCUUUUAAAAUUAUGAAAUAUUUCAACUGUACCUGGGGCUCAAAUUAGCACAUCUUAUGCCUAAUUGGGUUGUUUAGAAGACUAAAUUAAGUUAUAACAAAAUUGUUAAAAUGCUAGCCUGUUUAUUUGAUUCAGCUGUAUUGUUUUGACAAAAGAUUAUCACUGAUGCUCCUCAGUGUGAAAGGCAUGCCCAGUUUUACUGUCACAGAAUUACAAAUCAAAAAGAAUUUAAAGAAAAGAGAUUUCAGUCAUUCUAAAUCUAACUUAUCGAUAUUUGAGUGAGAAUCCUCUUGACAACAUUCACUUUAGAGAAUAAGUUUUUAAAAGAAAGAGAAUAGCUGAAACUUUUUUUUCACAUUAUGUAAAAGUUGUCUUUGGUAGUAGGUGAGUUGUUUUACUUUAAAUAUGUAACAUUCCUGUAAACCUACUUUUCAAGCAGCAAAGAAAGGAAAUGUGAAUUGAGUUUAAAACAUUCUGAAAUUUUUCUUGCUAAGGAUGAUAGAUUAAUUAGGUAGUUCUGGUUAACUAUCAAUUCUUUUUGGUGGUGGUAUGUUAGCCAUCUUUUGUUAACAAAUUUAUAGACUUUUUUCCCCUUUUCUAGCUUUUCUUUUUCCUUUCCUUUUUCCUGCUUCCUCUCCCAUUUUCCAGAUGUUUAAGCAAUUCUAAUACGAUUACCAUGAAAGGUUUAUCCUAGUUCCUUUUUUCUAUCCUGAACUAGUUCACUUUUAUUUAGGUAAAAAAAAAAAAUGGCCCUUUGUCCUGAAGGGCUCUCCACAUUGGUACCAGACUUAAUGUGGACACCUGAUUCACCCUUAGAGGUCCACCAGUCUUAAUCUCCCCAGUUAUAGUACCAUUCUGCUUGACCAAAUUUUAGCCAUGUUCAUGUUCACAAUUGUCCUGUAUCUUUCAUCUCAUUUUGAAUUUUGAAAUAUUAAGACUUAAUUAGACUCAUAUACAUAGAUGAAUCAAUUACAAUGUUUAUCAGAUUACAAUAAAAUGUUUCUUAAGGACUUAUAACUACCUGAAAAACAGACUCUAAUACACUUUUCUCCUAAGGAAAUAGAUUUCUUUUAUAUAAGAUUUUAUCUUAAAAUUAGUAGCUUUUUUUUUUUUAAGAUAUGGAUACCUUUUAGAUUUUAGACAGUUAUAAAAAGGCCUCUGUGGCUUUCAGAGUUCAGGUUUUAAAUUAUCAGUUGGUUUUGAAGUACUAGAGAGAAUUAUUUUAUAUGAAGCUGAUACUUUAGAUAACAAAAAACAAAAAAAACAGCAAUUGUCUUCAAUAAAAUAUAUGUAGAGGCUUUCCAAACAAUGUUCUGUUAAAGGAAUAAGUUGCUUUGCACAUAAUUUCUUAUGUUUCUCCUGGCUAAUUAUGCUUAAUCUGGUAUGUCACUAGGUAAUUAAAUGUUUUUUUAAAAUUUAAACUUUCAUGUAUUUGAGCACUGUCUUUACUAAUUCUUGAAAAAUGACCUUGUAAUUUUAACAAACUAAUAAAAUAUAUAAUACCUAAA